GGUAAUUACAAUCAACCUUGAAACAUUGUUAGAAACUAAUGAUAUCUUAAUGUUAAGUACAGAGAAGUAAAAGAAACAAAGGGAAAAGGAAAAAAGAGGUAUAACUAACAGUUAGGUUUGCCCUUAAAAUUUGGCAGGCCAAACUCUUUGUUGGAAGAACUCACAAUAAACGUGCAUAAUAUAGGUCGAAAAACGAGCUAUUUUAGCAACACAUUUGAGCGGUAGUUGGAAAGAAAAAGUCACACUAAGAUUAUUUAGGUCAUUUCCAUUGCGGCCUAAAACAUAAUAUCGUCGGUUUUUGCAUGCAUUACGUGCAGAAAAUAUAAAUAUCGUCGGCCUAAAACAUUGAACAAUGGACAAGGGCAAAGGCGUCAUUUGUCAUCAACGUGAUCACGCAGAUCGAAGCAAGAUUAGGAUUCUACUAUACGAUAACAAUGCAGAAAGUUGCCACGAAAUAUCGGCUGCUCUUAACAAAUAUUCUUACCAAGUAGCUGCAGUAUGGACAGCGAGAGAGGUAUACCAGACACUAAAUUCGGAAGGACCGCACGCGCAUAUAAUCCUAGCCGAAGUCAAUCUCUUGAUGGCGAACAACGCUCGUAUGUUGAAACACAUCAUGCAUGACAAGAAACUACAACAAAUCCCUGUCAUCAUAAUAACGACGCAAGACCAGGUGUCGAUAACGAUAAAGGGGGUGAGCCUCGGAGCAGCUGACUAUCUUGUGAAGCCUCUGCACAAAGAUCAGCUCUCCAGUUUGUGGAUGCACAUGCAGAAGUAGCUAUGGAUCGAUUUCGAUAUCGCAAAUUAAUUAAUUAGUUAAUUAAAUACCUCUUGUUGAACAUAUAUUUUCUAAUUUUCAUUAAUUUCCUGUCGGAUUUAUUCGGUUUUAAUUAAUCCCGUGUAUAGGGGCCAUAAGAUUUAAUUUGUGUAAGAUGAAAUCUCAUUGCAACACAAGAUUUCUUUUAUGCU